ACCAUGGAGUUCGAAAGAGUCCAAGACAUCUCAUCUUCUUCUUUACUAAACGAAGCAAUCCCCUUGGAAUUCAUCAGAUCCGAGAAAGAACAGCCGGCGAUCACAACGUUCCGAGGUCCAACGCCGGCGAUUCCCGUCGUCGAUCUCAGCGACUCCGACGAAGAGAGCGUGAGGCGUGCGGUGGUGAAAGCGAGUGAAGAAUGGGGGCUAUUUCAAGUGGUUAACCACGGGAUUCCGACGGAGCUGAUACGGCGGUUGCAAGACGUCGGGAGAAGAUUCUUCGAGCUUCCUUCGUCGGAGAAAGAGUCCGUCGCUAAACCGGAAGAUUCCAAAGACAUCGAAGGUUACGGAACAAAGCUUCAGAAAGAUCUAGAAGGUAAAAAAGCUUGGGUCGAUCAUCUCUUUCACCGAAUCUGGCCACCGUCGUGCGUUAACUACAGGUUCUGGCCUAAGAACCCACCUGAAUACAGGGAGGUGAAUGAAGAGUAUGCAGUGCAUGUGAAGAAGCUGUCGGAGACGUUACUAGGGAUUCUGUCGGAAGGAUUAGGGUUAAAGCGUGACACGUUGAAAGAAGGUCUCGGCGGAGACACGGCGGAGUAUAUGAUGAAGAUUAACUAUUAUCCGCCGUGUCCUCGGCCGGAUUUAGCAUUAGGUGUACCGGCGCAUACUGAUCUCAGUGGUAUCACUCUUCUUGUCCCUAACGAAGUUCCUGGCCUUCAAGUUUUCAAAGAUGAUCACUGGUUCGACGCAGAGUAUAUUCCCUCCGCCGUCAUUGUUCACAUUGGCGAUCAGAUUCUGAGGCUGAGUAAUGGGAAGUAUAAGAAUGUGUUGCAUAGGACGACGGUGGAUAAGGAGAAGACGAGGAUGUCGUGGCCGGUUUUCGUGGAGCCUCCCCGUGAAAUGAUCGUCGGACCUUUACCGGAGCUUAUCAGAGAUGAUAAUCCUCCAAAGUUUAAAUCUUUUGCUUUCAAGGACUACAGUUACCGCAAGCUCAACAAACUUCCUCUGGAUUGAGAAAAGAAAAUAUCAAAGAAAAAAACAAGAAGAGAAUAUUUUCCUUUUUUUUUUGUUAAACGUUAAAUUUGUGGUUAUGGAAUAGGAAGUGGUCGUUAUUGAGUUGUUGUGUUUCCCGCGAUAAGAAGAUGGUUGUGUCUCUCGUCUCUUGUUUCUGUUUUAUGAUUAAAUAAAGAUUAGUUAAAACAUCUAAUACUAGCUACUACAUUAUGGUUUGAUGUUGA